AUGUCCGAAAUCGAGGAACCUGAAGAUGACGGUUAUUAUAUGCCUCAUCACUCGGUAAUUAAAGAAUCAAGCAAUACUACGAGAGUGCGAGUAGUGUUCGACGCAUCGGCAAAGACAAGUAACGGUACAUCUUUAAACGAUACGCUGAUGGUAGGCCCGACCGUACAAGACAAGUUAAUUUCGCAUUUACUUCGCUUCCGUUCUUACAAUUACGUCUUAACAGCAGACAUCGAAAAGAUGUACAGACAAAUACUCGUACACGACGAAGAUCGACGCUAUCAGCGCAUAUUAUGGCGCAAAAACGGGAAAAUAAAAACGUUCCAAUUAAAUACGCUCACUUUCGGGAUUGCAUCUUCGCCGUUCCUGGCAAUUCGAACCAUCCAAAAACUAGCAGACGACGAACGAUCGUCAUAUCCGCGAGCAGCCGAAGUAAUCGAGUCACAUUUAUACGUAGAUGAUCUAUUAACCGGCACUGAGACAAUAGACGAGGCUCGAAAAUUACGAGACGAUAUAAUAUCAUUACUAGCUCUCGGCGGGUUUAGUAUAAGACAGUGGGCGUCCAACGACAAACGCGUAAUUAAUGAUUUACCGAUGAACGCGUUACACGAGAAUUUCGCGUUAAAUACAGAUCGCGCUCUAAAAACAUUGGGCGUAUCGUGGAAUACACGCGAUGACGGAAUAUAUUACUCGACGAAUCCGAUUAAAAAUAUCGGAAAAAUUACCAAAAGAAGUAUAUUAUCCGAAAUCGCGAAGAUAUUUGAUCCUUUAGGAUUAUUAGGCCCGAUUAUUCUAUACAUUAAGAAAAUAAUGCAAGACGUGUGGCGGUGUGGUCUACAGUGGGACGAGUCUGUGCCACAAAACAUAUAUACCGAAUGGUUAGAGUUUAUAAAACAAUGGGAAGCAAUGAGUCGAGUUUCCUUCCCGCGUAAACUGCUAAUUGAAAAUUGUCAAGACGUACAAUUGCACGGAUUUUGUGACGCGAGCAAUGUAGGCUACGGUGCAUGCAUAUACGUGCGUUCGACGGGAGAAUGCGGAGACACAAUAGUUAGACUACUGUGCGCAAAAUCGCGAGUAGCACCAUUAAAAACAGUCACUAUACCACGGCUUGAGUUGUGCGGCGCAUUAAUAGUAGCGCAAUUAUACAAAGAAAUAAAGGACGUGCUAGAUUUUCCCAUAAACAAAAUCGUUUUUUGGUCGGACUCGACUAUAGUAUUGCAUUGGUUAAACACAUCGUCGUACUUAUUAAAGACGUACGUCGCGAAUCGCGUAGAAAGCAUUCAGGAAAUCACCGGAUCACAUGAAUGGCGACAUGUCAGAACUGCAGAUAACCCCGCGGACGCAAUUUCGAGAGGACAAUUACCACGAGCGUUUACCCAGAAUAAGGUGUGGUCGUCCGGGCCUUCGUGGUUGGUCGAGGACGAAGACAAAUGGCCAAAACAAGAUCCCCAAAUAAUUGAAAUACCAGAACUAAAAAAGAAUGUAUGUCUAAUAACCGAGGCACACGAUUUCGGAUUCGGAUUAAUUAAUAAACAUGCCUCCUAUUACAAAUUGCGUAAAAUUGUCGCGUACUGCCGUCGUUUCCGGCCCCGUAAUGAAUACUCCGGUCCAUUACACGCGAAGGAACUAGACGAAGCCGAAAUUCGAGUAUUAAGGUGGCUACAGGCUAGCCGUUUCGCCGACGAGAUCGCGAAAUUAAAAAAGAACAAUUUGAGUCACACAAAUAAAAUCGCGAAGUUGAACCCAUUUUUGGACGAAAACGGAGUAAUCAGAGUCGGAGGACGGCUACAAGCCUCGAAUAUGUCUUUCGCGCAAAAACAUCAGAUUUUGCUUCCUAGCCGGCAUAGCUUAACUGAUAGUAUUAUUCGCGAAACACACGAAAGACAUUAUCAUCCCGGUAUAGUAACUACAUUACACCUCGUUCGUCAAAAAUUUUGGUUACUCGAUGGCAGGAAUCAAGUACGGAAAAUUAUACGCUCCUGCGCGCGUUGUUUCCGAUUCAAUGCCCAAGUAGUCGAGCACAAAAUGGGAAAUCUCCCAAUCGCACGCGUACAGGAAGCAAUACCGUUCACUAACACCGGUAUUGAUUUCUGUGGGCCGUUUUACAUUAAGGAAAGAAAGUAUAGAAAUCGAACGCGAAUCAAGGUAUACAUCUGCAUAUUCGUGUGCAUGUCAAUCAAGGCGGUGCAUCUCGAACUCGUGAGCGAUUUGUCGUCCGAGGGUUUUAUUGCAGCGUUGCGACGAUUUAUUGCAAGGCGCGGAAUGCCAGCGCAUAUUCACUCCGAUAACGGCAGCAAUUUCGUGGGCGCGAAUAACCAACUCAAGGAACUGUAUGCGUUGUUCAAUUCUGAACAACAUCAGACCGUUCUAAAUAAAUUCAUAAGCGAUCAUAAAAUUACAUGGCACUUUAUACCUCCCGCCGCUCCACAUUUCGGUGGAAUUUGGGAGUCGAUGGUUAAACUUUUCAAACACCACUUCAAACGAGUGGUAGGAGAUUCGUUAUUCACAUUUGAACAAUUGAAUACAUUUAUUACUGAAGUCGAAGGCAUUCUUAACUCACGGCCGAUCACAUCUCUAUCAUCAGAUCCGAAUGACUUGCUUGUGUUAACCCCCGCUCAUUACUUAAUCGGCAAACCGUUGACGACCCUUCCGGAGGGCGAUUUGUCAUGUGUUCCAGUUAACCGGCUAUCUGUUUGGCAACACAUCUCGAAGAUCCGACAGGACUUCUGGGCUCGAUGGAACCUGGAGUAUUUAAAUGAACUCCAAAUCCGGAACAAAUGGACGAAAGAUGGACCCAAGCUCGAAGCGGGGAGUAUUGUCUGCAUAAAGGACAAAAAUCUGCCCUGUAAUCAAUGGAUGCUAGGCAGAAUCGUAGAAACACAUCCGGGCGCAGACGGAAUAGUACGAGCCGCCUCCAUAAAAACUGCAACCGGCAUCAUCAAGCGAGCGGCAAGGGCCUUAUGUCCACUUCCCAUCGAGCGAUAG